AGCGUUACUGCAUGGAACCUGCGGGAUCUGUUUUUUUUUUUAUUAGUCAUGCGAAUUUGAAAAUUUGGAGUAGGACUUGGCCUUCAAAGCAAGAGACAAUAGAGAUUAUCGAAGCAAGAUUUAAACGAUGGAAACAAAGUAUUAAGUUUAAAACUUACUCGUUAGGUUUUAUUUACAUCGCUGGUAUUCGUCGUCCUAAUUAUCUUUUCAUAGAGUGUGAUAUAUUUGAAAAGAUAUUUCCAAAAGUGCCCUACGUUUAUUUAUUCGGUCCUGCAGCAUUAAAAGGAGAAGGCUUUAAAGAUUUUUCCAUAAAAAAUUCACAUUUUCGUUAUUUAUGGGACAGAGGUCCGAAAGUAGUGGGUGACACAGAAACAUCAAUAAUGAUACUCACGUAUGAUUAGAUAUCAAAUGAAAUGUAUAAUUUUCGUCAAAUAUUUACAUAAAUUUGUUUUUAAAUAAUAUUAGGAGAAAAAAAAAAUAUUUGUUUAUAUGAAGAGAAUAAAAAGUAUUUAUUAAUUAUAUAUUGAAAAAUGUAUGCGAAGAGAGAAUUAUGUCUGCAUUACUUUUCUUACAAAUAUUAAUUAAUUAUUUUAUAUAUUGAGAAUGCAUUUCUGAUAUUUAACUAUUAAAUUAUAUUGGAGAAUAAAUCAUUAACAAUACAUU